UGAUCGUAGACUAGUCUAGAUCCCGCGCAUGUGUUGCGAAAUUCUACCGGCUGGUAUCAUAAUUUCGUGAAAGAUUGCACUGAUUCUCUAAUUUAGCACUGAUAUUAUUUUUCAAAAUGAAACCCAUUGCUCUCUUUGGACACGAGAGGUCCAUCACACAGAUCAAAUACAACCGUGAAGGUGACCUUCUAUUCUCCACCGCCAAAGACACCUCACCUAAUAUCUGGUACUCCAUCAACGGCGAGAGGUUAGGAACGUUUAAUGGUCAUGCAGGAGCUGUAUGGUGUAUUGACGUUGACUGGGAUUCACACAAAGCAAUUACAGGAAGUGCAGACAACACUAUGAGAAUGUGGGACGUCAAAACUGGUAAAUGUACAGUAGAGCUGGAAUACAAGUCAGCUGUGAGGACGUGUGGGUUCAGUUACAGCAGUAAUUACUUCUUCACUACCACAGAUCGUACUAUGGGUCAGACUAGUGAUUUAUGUGUGUAUGAUGAGAGAGAUCCCGAUCAAAUAGAAAAUAACAACCCAUUCAUGAGGAUACCGAUGGAUACAGCCAAGAUCACAUCAGCAAUAUGGACCUUUCAAGAUACUGCUAUAUUAACUGGUCAUGAGAAUGGGGAACUAACGCUUUGGGAUAUACAGAUGCGAGAUUCCAUAGGAUCAACAAUUGAUAUUCACCAGAAACAAAUCAAUGACAUUCAGAAACACAGCAAGUACGACAUGGUUAUCACAGCAUCUAAGGAUUGCACAUCUAAGCUAAUUGAGUUACCUGAUCUCACCCUUCUGAAGACGUAUAAGACAGAAAGACCUGUGAAUUCAGCUGCUUUAUCCCCUAUUAAAGAUCAUGUAUUGGUAGGAGGCGGUCAGGAAGCCAUGGACGUUACAACUACUUCAGGGAGGGUUGGUAAAUUUGAUGCUCGUUUCUACCAUGCCAUCUUUGAGGAGGAGUUUGGCAAGGUCAAAGGUCAUUUUGGUCCAAUCAACAGUGUAGCUUUUCAUCCUGAUGGAAUGGGAUUCAGCACCGGCGGAGAAGAUGGCUACGUCAGAGUCCAUUCAUUUGACCCGAACUACUUUGAGUUUGAAUUUGAAUAUUAGCCUUCCCUGUACAUUUUAUUUCAUUGUAUUUCCAUGUAUACAUUCGUAAUUCCGAAGCUUCGUUAUUCCGAAGGUUCGGAUAUUCCGAAGGUUCGUUAAUCUGAAAGCGAAAUAAGGUUCGUUGUGCCGAAGGUUCAACAAUCUGAAAAAAGAAUGAGGUUCGUUGUUCUGAAGGUUCGUUAAUCCGAAAACGAAAUAAGGUUUGUUCCGUGGGUUCGUUUAU